GAGGCGGGGCAACAGGGAGGUGGGACUGGAGUUGAGGGGAAGCUGCUUGGAUGGCUGGAUGACACCCUCAGGCGGUGGAGACUGGGGACCAGGCUCUGCUGGCACCUUGGGGCGCUCAGACUGGGGCCGGAAACCCUCCUGCGGGGCCAUGGACGUGUACCGCACCCCCGCCGCUGCGCUGGACAGCCUGGUGACCGGCCGCCUGCAGCCGCCCGCGGGCUUCGUGGAGGCCACCCGGCGCGCCCUGGGCGACCUGGGCGCUGCGCUGAGGAAGCGCGGGGGCCACCCGGGCGCGGGGACCCCGACCUGGAGGGUGCUGAAGACAGUCAAGGGAGGCUCCUCUGGUCGGGGCACCGCCCUGCGGGGUGGCUGUGACUCUGAGCUUGUCAUCUUCCUCAACUGCUUCAAGCGCUAUGAGGACCAAGGGGCUUCCCGAGCUGAGAUCCUCAGCAAGAUGCGGGCUCUCCUGGAAUCAUGGUGGCAGCAGCCUGUCUCUGGUCUAAACCUGGAGUUUGUGGAACAGGACACGCCCCAGGCCCUCCGCUUCCGCCUCACAGCCACAGACCAAGAAAAUUGGAUGGAUGUCAGCCUGGUGCCCGCCUUUGAUGCUCUGGGCCUGCCCCACCCCCCUACACACACAGGGCAGCACCACUCUGGCACCAAGCCCGAACCCCACGUCUACUCUGCCCUCCUGCAUAGUGGCUUCCAGGGGGGCGAGCACGCCGCCUGCUUCUCGGAGCUACGGAGGAACUUUGUGAACACGCGGCCUGCCAAGCUGAAGAGCCUGAUCCUGCUCGUGAAGCACUGGUACCGCCAGGUGCUGCCACAGGAGGCCACGGGGGACAGGCUGCCUCCCGCCUAUGCACUGGAACUGCUCACCAUCUUCUCCUGGGAGCAGGGCUGUGGGGAGAGUGCCUUCAGCCUGGCGCGGGGCCUCCGGACCGUGCUGGGCCUGAUUGAGCAGUACCAGCACCUGUGCAUUUACUGGACCCUCAACUAUGACUCCAAGGACCCUACUAUCGGAGAGUUCUUGGAGCACCAGCUUAGGAAACCGAGGCCUGUGAUCCUGGACCCAGCUGACCCCACGUGGGACCUGGGCAACGGGUCGGCCUGGCGCUGGGACCUGCUGGCCCGAGAGGCAGAGUCAUGUGCCGAGCAGCCAUGCUUCCAGCAGUCGUCAGGGGGCGCUGUGCAGCCCUGGCAGGGGCCUGGCCUUCCACGAACUGGCUGCCGAGGCCUGGACCACCCUGUCCAGCGAGACCCCACCCAGAGGACUUCUGAGCACAGCGGGAGGCAGGAUGCUGUAACCCCAAAGGCUGUGGCUGGGCAGUCCCCAUGUCCAGACCCUGCCCCUGGGGGCCCCCAAGACAGCAGAAAACAGGAGACUGCACCCCCAAAGACUGUGAUUGGGCAGCCCCCACAUCCAGACCCCACCCAGAGGGCCCCCCAGGGCAGCAGAAACCAGGAGGCUGUACCCCCAAAGGGAGCAAGCAGACAGCCCUCAUACCCACCUCCCCAGAAUGCAGGGGCGGCCAGCAUGACCACCCCUGCACUGGGAAAGGUGUGGGAUCUGUCGCAGACCCCUGCCAAGGAGCUGGACCGCUUCAUCCUGGAGUGCCUGAAGCCCAGCCCGGGCUUCCAGAGGCAGGUGAGCCAGGCCCUGGACAAGCUGAUGCGCUGCCUCCGUGAGAAGUGUUUGCACAAGCCCUCGAGGGUCAGCAAGGGGGGCUCAUUUGGCCGGGGCACCAACCUCAGGGGUCACAGUGAUGCAGAAUUCGUCAUCUUCCUCAACUGCUUCAAGGACCACCAGGACCAGGUGUCCCGCUGUGCAGAGAUCCUCCCGGAGAUGCAGGCGCAGGUGGAUUCCUGGUGGCGGGACCCGGUACCUGGCCUGAGCCUCCAGUUUCCUGAGCACAGCCUGCCCCGGACUCUGCAGUUCCAGCUCCAAUCUAUGGACACCGAAAACUACAUGGACGUGACCUUGCUGCCAGCCUUUGAUGCCGUGGGGCAGCUCAGCUCUGGUGCCAAGCCCGAACCCCACGUCUACUCUGCCCUCCUGCACAGAGGCUACAAGGGGGGCGAGCACGCCGCCUGCUUCUCCGAGCUUCGGAGGAACUUUGUGAACAUGCGGCCUACCAAGCUGAAGAACCUCAUCCUGCUGGUGAAACACUGGUACCACCAGGUUGCAGCUCAAGACAGAGAACAACCAGCUGGGGCCUCUUUGCCCCCGGCCUAUGCCCUGGAGCUCCUGACCAUCUUUGCCUGGGAGCAGGGCUGUGGGGAGGAGCGUUUCCACAUGGCCCAAGGCCUGAGGACGGUCCUGGGCCUAGUGAAACAGCACCAGCAGCUCUGUGUCUACUGGACAGUCUACUACAACCUGGAGGACCCAGCUCUGAGGACACACCUUCUCCGCCUGCUUCGCCAUCCCAGACCCCUGAUCCUGGACCCGGCCGACCCCACCUGGAACGUAGGCCAGGGCAACUGGGAGGUACUGGCCCAGGAGGCGGCAGUCCUGGAGACACAGGCCUGUUUUGUGAAUGGAGACGGGACACAUGUGCAACCUUGGGAUGUGAUGCCCGCUCUGCUCUAUCAAACCCCAGCCACCGACCUAGACAAGUUUAUCAAGGACUUUCUGCAGCCCAGCCGUCAGUUCCUGAUGCAGGUGAACAGGGCUGUGGAAACCAUCUGCUCGUUCCUGAGGGAGAACUGCUUCCGGAACUCUUCCAUCAAAGUGCUCAAGGUGGUCAAGGGCGGCUCCUCGGCCAAAGGCACAGCUCUCCGCGGCCGCUCAGAUGCCGACCUGGUGGUGUUCCUCAGCUGCUUCCACCACUUCACCGAGCAGGGCAGCCAGCGCGCCGAGGUCAUCUCUGAGAUCCGGGCGCAGCUGGAGGCGUGCCAGCAGGGGCAGCCCUUCGAGGUGAAGUUCGAGAUCCCCAAGCGGGAGAACCCCCGCGUGCUGAGCUUCUCCCUGACGUCCCUGACCAUGCAGGGCCAGAGUGUGGACUUCGACGUGCUGCCUGCUUUCGAUGCCCUGGGCCAGCUGGUUCCCGGCUCCAGGCCCAGCUCUGAUGUCUACAUGGACCUAAUCCACAGCUACAACAAGGCGGGUGAGUUCUCCCCUUGCUUCACGGAGCUGCAGCGAGACUUUGUGGCCUCCCGCCCCACCAAGCUCAAGAGCCUGAUCCGCCUGGUGAAGCACUGGUACCGGCAGUGCUGCAAGGUUCCCAAGGGGAAGGGCACCCUGCCCCCCCAGCACGGGCUGGAGCUGCUGACAGUGUACGCCUGGGAGCAGGGCGCCCAGAACCCCCAGUUCAGCAUGGCUGAGGGCUUCCGCACGGUGCUGGAGCUGGUCUGCCAGUACCACCAGCUCUGCGUCUACUGGACCCUCAACUAUGGCAGUGAAGACGGGAUGGUGGCAGACUUCCUGCAGAGGCAGCUUCAGAAGCCUAGGCCCAUCAUCUUGGACCCAGCUGACCCCACAGGCAACCUGGCCCACAGUGCCCGCUGGGACCUGCUGGCCAAGGAGGCUGCAGCCUGCACGUCUGCUCUGUGCUGUCUGGGCAGGGACGGAACCCCCAUCCAGCCCUGGCCCGUGAAGCCUCAGCUGAUGCAAGAAGGUGGUGACCAGCAUCUUCUCUGCUUCCCCCCACCACACCAGCCUGCGGUGUGAAGCCCAGAAAGCCUAGUGGUCAGGCCAGAUGGACACCAGCUCUCAGCACAGGGACACUCAGGGUCACCUGCCUGGUGUGUGGGAGAGACAGAGGAACCAGAGAACCUCUCUGCCGUUGGUGAUGUUCAGCUCACCUAGAAUGUCCUCCUGCCUGGCCCAUCUGCCCGUCCAUGCCCACCUCUGCUUUUUCUCCUGCCGGAGCCCAUCCCACAACCAGAAAAGGGGCUCAGUGGCAGUGCACUUGCUGAGGUCCUGGGUGUGGACCCCGACCCCGCACAAAAAGACAAGACACCAAAUCAAACAAAAAGAACAAUGUGAAACAAUAAAGGAAACCCAUUAUAACAAAAGACCAAGCAAGCAGCCCAGGAGAUGGCGCAGUGGCUAGAGCACUGAACUUAAAAAUAUGAGAUCGGGGGGGGGGGGGGGGGGGCUAGGCAAUAGCACACUGGGUUGAGCGCACAUGGUGCAAAGUGCAAGGACCCAUGCAAGGAUCUGGGUUCGAGCCCCUGGCUCCCCACAUGCUGGGCGGGGGGUCACUUCACAAGCAAAGAAGCAGGUCCGUGGGUGUCUGUCUUUCUCACCCCCUCUCUAUCUUCCCUCCUCUUUCCAUUUCUCUCUUUCCUAUCCAACAACAAAACUAGAACGAGAUGGCCACCAGAAGCAUUGAGUUUGUGGUGCGGGCACCAAGCCCCAGCAUUAACCCUGGAGGCAAUUGUAUAUAUAUAUGAUUCUGAGUUUGAUUCCCAGCAUCUCGUGUGCUGAAGUGAGUCCUGGCAUGCUUGCUCUCUUCCACACUUCAUGCCACCAGUGGGGGACAGUCCCAACCUCACCCAGCCCCAGGAGGAAGAACCCUGUCCCCAGAGCCACAGGACCCUGCCAGUGUCAUCCAGCAAAGGUGGGGUGAGGAUGUGAAUCAUGUCUUCGGUAGUACGUGGUAGACCCCACAAGGAAGCAUUCACUGCCCCUCAACCCUCUCCUGGAAUCCAGGUAUCGCACCUGGCAGGGGCCCAGGGAGAAAGCACCCGGCUGGAGCCAGCAAGACCCUUAAAGGAAUUGGGGUGGGAGGGGCACUGGCCAAGCUGAGGGCCCUCAGAGUAGUGGCACAGCCAUGGGGGCAGGGGGGGCACGGGGUGGACAUGCCACCUGCAAGUCUCUUUCAGGGAGGAACCAGGAACAUCCCUUGGCAGGAGUCACAGGGAGAGAGCCAGCCUCAUGGAGCUCAGGGGGGUGGUGGGGAGCCCUUGGCAGGAGACAUUAGCAAGAGGUCCCUAGUGUUGCAGGCAGGGCGGGCCUGGGAAUAAUGGAGGCCAGGAGACAGCAUUCCCCCUCCAGGUGGACACAGCUUUCCAGGGGGGGCAGCAAGUCUGUCAGGAGUCUUGACCACAGAGAGCUCCAGAGCCAGCCACCCCCAGGUGCAGUCUAGGGGAGCACCCAACUGCACCACUGAAGUCUCCCCAAACACAAAAGGACAAGUGACGAGGCCUACAUGGAGUGACCUCUGGCGGAGAGCACCUCACCAUGCACAAAGCCCUGGGUUCAAGCCCUGGCACCACAAGGAAACACUACAGCACCAGUAGAAGCCCCACAAAUGGUGGAGCAGUGCUGUGAUGUCUCUCCUCCGUGUCUCUCUGUCUCUCACUCUCCAUCUCUCUCGAUCUGAAAUUGAAGAAUGGCAUAAUCACCCCUGGAGUGGUGAAAUGGAAUAUAUGCAAGAUGUCAAUGGAAAAAGAAAGAAGAAGGAAGGAAGAGAAAGAAAGGAGGGGGGGGAGAAGAGGUUAGGCACUGACAUGCCUGGCUGAGUGCGUACAUUAUAGUGCGCAAUGACCCGUGUUCAAGCCCCUCAACCCACCUGCUUCAUGAGGAGGAAAAGCUUCAUGAGCUGCAGGUGUCUCUGUCCCUAUCUCUCCUCCCCUCUCAGCUUCUCUCAAUGUCUAUCGAAAAUAAACAGUGUUUUUUAAAAUAAUCUAAAAAAAUGAAAAAGAGGGCCCAGGUGGUGGUACACCAGGUUGAGCGCACAUGUUACAGUGCACAAGGACCCAGGCUCGAGCCCCCGGUCCCCACCUGCAGGGGGAAAGCUUUGCGAGCGGUGAAGCAGGGCUGCAGGCAUUUCUCUGUCUCUCUCUGUCACUCCCUCCCCUUUCAAUUUCUGGCAAUCUCUGUCCAAUAAAUAAAUAAAGCUUUAAAAAAA